UUGGACGAGUUGCAUUCAGCACAUCCUGGAAUAUUCCGGAUGAAGGGGCUGUGUAGAGCAGCUAUCCACGCCUGGCUCCACUGCAUACUUGGGAGUGGCCCAAGAAACCUUGGUUCUACAUCCACAGAGACUAUGCUGGCCCAUUCCUGGACCACAUGUUUUUGAUCUUGAUUGAUGCCCAUUCUAAAUGGAUAGAGGUGGUACAACAUGGGUAAACUAUCACCGGCAGAGGUCAUGAUCAAGUGCAGACAAGCAUUCGUAACACAUGGUCUGCCGGAUGUCAUUGUUUCAGAUAAUGGCCCUUGUUUACAAGCUCCCAGUUUCAAGAUUUUGAACAGCGAUGGCGUCCCUCACAUUACCGUUGCUCCCUAUCAUCCAGCCUCCAACGGGUUGGCCAAGAAAGCAGUACAAACAUUCACAGCCGCUAUGAGAAAAAUACAUGGGGAUAGCUUGGAUGUGAAGAUUGCUAGAUUCGUGAUGGCAUAUACCGUACCACACCACAUACAACGAUCGACAGUUGUGUCACCUGCCGAAUUGUUGCUGGGAAGAAGGUUCAAGACGCGCCUAGACGUAGUACGACCUGGUAUUACAUCCCAUGUCACAGCCAAGCAAGUGCAGCAAAACAACAGCAUGAUGGGACAUCACACAAGCGACAUUUUGACGUAAGAGGUUCUGUAUACGUAAGCCAUUAUUCGGCUACCGAAAGGGACUGGAAGCCAGGAACCAUCACUGAGGUAACUAGUAGACCAACUGAGAGAGAGAGAGAGGAAAGAGAGAGAGAGAGAGAG